AUGUCGAUAAAAUUCGGCUCCUCGGACGCAGCACCCCCUUCCCGUCGGCGCGCGAGCCCCUCCUCCACCCUCGGCAAGCGCCCGCGCACAAACGCCCUCGGCGACGACUCAGACUCGGGAUCCGGCUCGGACCGCAAGGGACCGGGAUGGGAGGAGGCGGGGAGCCCGCGCCGAGGCGAAGAGAUUAUCGAACUCGGGGACACGCCCAAAAUCAUCCAACUGCCCGAACAGAGCUUGCGAAACAAGAUGCGGAGCAGGGUACAGCCUAGGAAGGAGCCAGCUCCGGGCGGCGGAUCGUCGAGCAACAAAGAAGUUGAACCCGCCGACCAGGACAAGCCCAUCCAGUGGGGCCUAACCGUGACGAAAAAGGCCGACAAAGCACGCGACGCCGCGCCGGAAGGAAGCAAGAAGGACACCGAGCGUCGAAAAGAAGAGGUUCCCCGGACCAUCGAGCAAGAGGCCAUUGACCGACUCACAGGAAAGACCCGAGACAAGCCGGACAAGCGCCCCUCCCGAUUCCUCACCGCCGACAACGGCAUCGACGUCGGCGAGUUCGGCGCCGCCAUGCUCCGCGGCAUGGGUUGGAACGGCGAAUUCUCCCGCCCCGGGUUCAAGGAUGUGCGUCGCCGCCCCAACCAGCUCGGUCUAGGCGCCAAGGAGCUGAAAGAUGCCGAGGACCUCGGGGGCUGGGAUCACAAGGGCGGCAAGGGCGGCUCGUCCAAGCCCAAGAGGCUCGCGGAUUACAAUCGCGAAAAGGCAAAGGAGAGGGAAUCUCGAGGACGGGACAAGGAUAGCUAUAAGCGAGACAGGGAGCGGGAACGAGAAUACGAGCGCGACGGAAGACACGGCAGACAUGAUCGGGACGACCGGCAUUACCAUUCACGUCGGUGA